AUGCUGGAAUGGCCUUCCAAUAGCCAAGACUUAAGUGUUAUUGAAGAAAUAUGGAGUAUUAUCGACAAACGAUUAGCAUUAAAAUCAAUUAAUACUAAAGAAGAAUUAGAAAAACGUUUACAAGAAGAAUGGGAUGUAAUAUCAAUUAGAUUGUGUCAAGCAUUAGUAGAUAGUAUGCCUCAACCUAUUGAAAAAUGCCUGAAAGGAAAAGGAGGUCAUUUUACGUGA